CGAACUGUAAGGGUGUCCUGCACGGGACCAAGGGUUAGCAAACCACCCUGGAAAUGCAGACAGGGUCUCUUGAAGACAACUGCAUACAUCCUGCGUGAAGGUGAAGGAGAGAAAGAGAAAGAGAGGAGAUGGCUGUUCAGGCUGCCAUCAUGAACUCUCAGUUCUUAAACUUCUGUUUUCCUGGCUCGGUCAUGGAUUACGAGGUGGAAAAGGGUCUGGAAGGGGGUCUCCUGGGCGAGGUGGACUGCGACGGUGACUUUAGGGAGACCACUAGGGACCUGCUCAGCUUCAUCGACUCGGCUUCCAGCAACAUCAAACUUGCGCUGGACAAACCCGUGAAGUCCAAGAGGAAGGUCAACCACCGAAAGUACCUGCAGAAGCAGAUUAAGAGGUGCACGGGUAUCAUCUCGCCAGGGGCCGCGCCGGCUCAGGAGCCAUGCAAGAAGCAAGGCUCGCCAACCCAAAACCCAACCAGCAACUUCUCCAGCAAAACACCACCCAAGAAGGAAGGGAUACAGGCCAACCUGCAAAGCAAGAGUCUGGCUGCCCUCUUUAACCCAGCGAAGGAUGUACGAGGAGAGAGGGCCAAGAAACCCCCGCUGCGGCAUCGAAACCUUCCUCCGUCCUUUUUCACGGAGCCAGCCAACAGCUCCAGAGUUACAUCCACGUCUGGCAUGUCGCUCAAAGACCUGGAGCGAGGGACUCCGGAAGCGGCAGAGUUCUUGGAGCUUCUUGGACCCGACUACAGCAACAUGGUCUCGGAGCAGGAUCUAUUCCACGCCGCACCCAUCAGGAUCCAACAGGAGGCGAAUGGGCCCGAGCCAUAUGACUCCCACCAUUUUGUAACCGGUGGGUUUUUGUACACCGAGCCUUGGGGCACUUGUAGCGACACGCCUAAAAAGUCGGGUGACAUGCGGACGGUACCAGUACAGCCAAAUCUUUACACUCACACGGACUUCUCUGGCAGCGUGCCUGUGGAACAGAGCUCGCCAUGUGCACUUACCUUUUCAAACUUCUUCACAGACUGCUCCACACCGCCGGUCUCCUACGAUCUGGCAAACGGAUACAACAGAGGGAGCUUUUCUUCUCUUUAAGACGGAGAUUUUCUUUUUCCUCAGACUUUACAUUGGGACAAAAUCACUUGCAAUUUCAGCAUGGCAUUGACAAAGGACCCUAUGGCCAUUUUAAUCUUGAAAUAUUUGCCUCAAAACUAGCUCAUUUAAAACAUCACUUGGUGGGAUAACUUGUAUACAGUUGCAAACUUUUAAGGCUUACAAUCUAAAGAUGGCCUUGGUUUACAUCCUUCUUUUCUCCCAAAUUUAAUGAAAACAGAAUGCGGUUCUGAUCAUAUAUUAACAAAACUAUGCCUCAGAGUUUUAUGUAACUGUUCUCUGUAAAUAAAACAAAAGUUUUAUGGAUACACUUUGGACCUCUUACUCGUGUAACAUGGGCAUUGUUUAAUUGACAAUAUUAACAAUUUGAAACAUGUUACAGCGCUGAUCUCAGGGGGUUCUGCUAAUUUGUUUAAAUAUGUCACAAACUAAAUAGUUACAUGCAUGUGAUCCCAUUAAGUAUUUGAAUGCUUUAUCCACGGUUAAAAUGCAUGUUUUUAAAAUAUCAAAUCGACUUGCAUCUGCAAACAAAAAUGACGUUAGAACUAACUUCACUCAACCAUUUUGCAGUUAUUUUUAAUCUAAUGCUGUCAAAGUGGCUGUAUGAAGGCCAUUCCACUCAAGUUCACAUAGACAACAGGUGUAGUUCAUCACAUUAGCUAUGGACAUGAUCCACUAACAUUUAAAAAGUCUUCAUUUUAAACGUGGAAAAAUACUUUUUAGGGUCAAAACUAAAAAUAUGAAACAUUCUGCAACAGUGGCAACCACGACAAUCUGUCUACAUACUUAUUUUUGUUUAAUCACUGUUUGUUCAUCUAUUGUUUGUUGACUGCUUAACAUGCAAUGUUAGAAAAAUGUAUCUAAAACUAUGGCUUGCAGUUCCCUUAAGGUGAAUAUUUUAAUACUUCACAGAAUAAGUUAUCUGAGGUUGGUCUAGAUCUGGAUUUUUGGUGGAUUCUGGAGGUAAUGGAGAACUAUGAGUACAUAAAACAGUGAUAAAAGGGUGGUAAAAUUGUGCAAAAUAUGCAAUAUGAUGUAUUGGUAUUAAUGGGUUAUGGUUCAUCAAAAAUUAUUUUGUAACAUUAUUGCCUUACAUUGGUUUAGGAUAGAGAGUUAAAUUAGGAAUCAGACAUUUCCAAUUGGAUUGGGAAACAACAGAUAGUUAAAAUAAAUUAAGCUAAUGAAAUAUUUUAUAUUUAGUGAAUUUUAUGUGGGAAAUAUCAGCCAAGAGUAAAAAAAAAAACCCUGUGUUUUGUAAUUUAUAUGCUUACUGUUCACAUUGUAUGGAAAAAAAACAAAACAAAGAAGUGAGAGCAACGUUCAGUUUGUCUGACAUUUGCUAUUUCAAGAACUGAUAUACAGUGUCUGUUUAGUAAUAAAUCACACACCUAAAUCUAUGGACUACAGGGGCACUGGAUGGAAGUUUUGUUUGGUCAUUAAGUAAUGGGACAAAAUAAAGCUGGUCUUUAUGUCUAUUAAAGAAAAAUACUUCUUUGCACGUUUAUUGUUUUAAUGAGUAGCAGAGCCUGUGUUAAGAAACUCAAAACAUAAAGAUAAUCCAUCUGUUUAUCAAGGGACAUUAGGACCAUUUCAUUCGAACUAAAUAACUGGGAAACAAAAGGGUGUAACACUUCUCAAGUUAUGGCACCAUCUGUUGGCCAAAAACGCCCCCAUCCUCAAUCGACGAGUUCAGAGUCUUUUGUUUCAUUAGAAAUUAACUGCAAUCCUGACCUUUAAUUUAGUAAACUAGUUUUGUUAACAGUAGUCAUUAUUAACCAAAUUUGCAUUUCUAUUGCAUCACAAAUUCUUAGUAGUUUGUUUAUGAGCUCCUGAUUAAGAAACUCUGCUCUAGAUCUUCCAGAUUCACAUUAUUGUGAAUAAUACAAAGACACAUGACAUGGCUAUAAUAGUUAUUACCUGUUGCAUUUUUCCUAAUAUCAGGUUAAAAACCUAGCUUUGCAAUUCAUGAAAAAGAUUAAAUGAAAACUCAAUUUAGAUUUUCUAUAGCAAAUGUUUCAUUUUUAUUGUGCAACAUCUUAUUUGAUUAAAACCUAAAUGGAUCGUGCAAGAAUGGUCUUAGCAUAUUAAAGUCCAAAUGAUAUUUAAAUGCUAUGGCCGCUUUAGGUUCAUUAACCAGGAAUGCUUUAUGUGCUACCAGCUUAUCUCUCUCACCUCCUGUUUAAGGUAAUUAACACGCUUUAACACCUCCAUAACUUAAAAUGUGUGAAAUGCUUUACAACAUUAGCUAUAUGCACCUUGCUUAAUCUUUACAUGACAAUGUUGCAGAAUGAUUGGUUAUUUUUUUCUUUUACACAAGAUGGCAGUGGUGCUUCAAGCAAAUCCUUUCUCUACACCAGGGCAUGCUUUUGAUAUCUACAAUAGCCUAUAAUUAAAAUAAGAUAUUUCUUUGUA